UUUUCUCCUAAACUAGGCGUCAAUGAAAGACACCGUCGACCCCAGAAGCGGUUUCAAUUCACAAACCAAGACCUUUCAAAGCCUAAGACCUCCCCUUCUCAACCUUCCUCCCGAAAAGGCCACAAUCACACUCCCCCAAUACUGUCUUUCCAUUCUCCGAACUCGCCCUUGGAAUUGGUCCGACUCACUCGCUCUCAUCGACUCAGACACCGGUCACCGCCUUUCUUACUCCGAGUUCACUCGCCUGGUCAAAACACUGGCCACCAAUCUCCAGACCCAGAUCGGUCUCACCAAAGGGGACACAGCCUUCGUACUAUCCCCCAACUCGCUCCGAGUUCCGAUUCUCUACUUCGCUCUACUCACUCUCGGAGUCAUCAUCGCUCCCGCAAACCCACUCAGCACCGAGUCAGAAAUCGCCAGACUCGUCCAGCUCAGCAAACCGAUCAUAGCCUUUGCCACGUCAGCAAUCACCACUAAGCUGGAGAAUCUAAUAAAAACCGUAGUUUCAAUGGACUCUCCCGAGUUCGACUCGCUCAUGUCGACGAGUUCGACUCGGGAACUGAACUCGGUACUCGAAGUGAGUCAAUCCGACGUGGCAGCGAUCAUGUACUCGUCUGGGACCACAGGGAAAGUAAAAGGAGCGAUGUUGACUCACCGUAAUCUGAUAUCGCUCGUGGCGAGCUACGACGCGCAUGCGUGGCGCGUGGGGAAGACGAAUCCAAGUGUUUUACUCAAAACGGUGCCGUAUUUCCAUAUUUACGGGUUCUUUAGCUGCGUGAAGGCGGUUGGGAUGGGUGACGCGGAGGUGAUAAUGGAAAGGUUUGAGCUGAGAAAAAUGCUUAAGGCGAUCGAGGAAUUCGAGGUGACCACGGCUUCGCUAGUGCCGCCGAUUGUGGUGGCUCUGGUUAAGAAUACUGCUCUAACGGCGGCUUACAACUUGAGCUCGUUACAAACGGUAGCGUGUGGUGGCUCGGCUCUUCGGAAAGAGGUUAUUGAAGCUUUCAAAGCUAGAUUCCCCAACGUAGUUCUAGCUCAGGGUUAUGGGCUUACUGAGGUGGCGGGAGCAAUUUUCCGGCCGUUGAACCCUGAAGAAAGUGUGCGGUGGGGUUCAUCGGGAAAGAUAACAGAAGCGUUUGAAGCCAAAAUUGUGGAUCCAAAAACAGGUGAAUCUUUGCCUCCUUGCAAUGAAGGAGAGCUUUGGGUUAAGGGACCCUCAAUUAUGAAAGGUUAUAUUGGUGACGAAGAAGCAACUAAGGCAGCCAUAGUAGAAGGAGGUGGGGGAGAGAGGUGGUUGAAGACGGGAGACUUGUGUUACAUCGACGAUGAAGGUUUCCUUUUUGUGGUGGAUAGAGUCAAAGAAUUAAUCAAAUACAAGGGAUUUCAGGUGGCUCCAGCAGAGUUGGAACAAUUGCUUCAGUCCCACCCCGACAUAAUUGAUGCUGCUGUCAUACCAUAUCCAGAUGAAGAAGCUGGUCAGGUACCAAUGGCAGUUGUGGUAAGAAAACUUAAAAGCAUACUUAAGGAAUCAGAAGUAAUGAACUUUGUGGCCAAAAAGGUGGCACCAUACAAAAAGAUAAGGCGCGUAGCAUUUGUGGAUUCCAUACCCAAGAAUUCUUCUGGAAAAAUUUUAAGAAAUGAGCUACGCAAAAUUUUCAGCCCACGCCAAUCUUUCUCUAGAUUCUAAUUAAUUUUUUUUUUGUUAUUUAUAAAAUGAAAUUUAAAAUUGUGAUUAAAUUUUUGCUUUCUAAAAAAAAAUAAUUACUAUUUUCAGUUAUUUUCAUCAGUCAUGAUCACCUAAUUAAUCCAUCUUCAUCAUUAUUUAAUUUAUUUCUUUUACAUGUUCCAUCAUUAAUUAAUAAAAGAGCCAAAUCAAUGUACUAAAAUAAAAUCUUAAAAGGUUUAAGGAAAUUUCAUUAACCAUGACACAAGCUUAAUUUAUUUGAUAAUGUGUCCAAAUUAUUGCACUAACAUGAAAUGUCCUUACUCCUUAGCAAGCCACCCACUUGAAAGAAAAAAGAAAAAAACUUACCUCACAUAGCUUAAUUUUGAAAUUGCAGCUACAAUAGUUAAUGAGUUCAAAGUUAAAAUUAUGUAUUAAUUGCGUAUGAGAAUGAAUUUUUGUUCAAUUUUUGUUAAAAACAAAAUUAUGUAUUGAAAAAUUUAAUUACAAUAUACUUUAGGUUUAUUAGUUUGAUACGCUUAAGCUUCUAAUAAUCAAAUUAUUAAUAUUACGGUUAUCAAGUAUAUAGGAUUGAACGUAAUACAUAUAUUAUAUGGGAGAAAAUUUUCAUAAAUUUGUCCUAUUUAUGGUGAUAUAAAUAUAUAUCAAGUACAAGUUGUUGGAUCAUACUACAUUUGAUUUAGCAUAAAUAAUUAGUAAUUAAUCAAUCGUAUGAAGUAUCUAAAAGGAUGAGGAUGUCUCUUGCCCCAUGUGUGGUGAGGAAGAGAAAAUAAUGGAGCAUUUUUUUCUCUAUUGCAACUUUGCUUAUCACUUCUAGCGGUCCAUCCCCUAAGGGUGAUGUCAGUUUUGGACUCAAGGGCUCGUAUUUGGGAUUGGAUCAAAUUCUUAUGGGGCUUGAAGGAUAGAGGAGUGGAGGUUUCAAAAGUUUUUCUGUAUGCCUCGAUUGUGGUUGACAUGAUUUGGAAAACCCGAAAUGACAAAGUUCAUAAUAAUUCAGUAUGUAACAUUAAAUAUUGUAUUGAUUAUAUUUCUAUAUGUUACCUAAAUUUUGGUUCCUGUUUGUUUCCUCCGAGGGUGAUGAUUACGACUCCUACCUGGUCACCCUCUCCAGACGAUUGGGUCAAGAUCAAUUCUGACUUUAGAGUUGGUAGCGACUCAAUAUAUGUGGUGGCCCUGGCUAGAGAUCAUAAAUAAUCAAUUUUGUGGGUGGCUAGCAACAUUCUCAACAAUUAUCUGAUCUG